UCUCUCUCUGCUCAGUAGCCAGUAUUAUAAAUGACUCUCCCCCUCUGUUCUUCACUCUCCACCUUCGGAUAAAGAAAACUAGAGAGAGAAAAUCUAGAGAGAGAAACUAGAGAGAGAGAAAGUUUAAGAAUGGAGGGGAAAGAGGAGGAUGUGAGCUUAGGAGCAAACAAGUACUCAGAGAGGCAGCCAUUAGGAACCUCCGCGCAAACCAAGGACUACAAGGAGCCGCCGCCGGCGCCGCUGUUCGAGCCCGGCGAGCUCAAGUCGUGGUCGUUCUGGAGAGCCGGCAUUGCCGAGUUCGUCGCCACCUUUCUGUUUCUCUACAUCACCGUCCUGACUGUCAUGGGUGUUUCCAAGUCACCAAGCAAGUGCUCCACCGUCGGAAUUCAGGGUAUCGCUUGGGCUUUCGGCGGCAUGAUCUUCGCCCUCGUCUACUGCACCGCCGGAAUCUCUGGUGGGCACAUAAAUCCAGCAGUGACAUUUGGUCUGUUCCUAGCAAGAAAGCUGUCUCUAACCAGAGCAGUUUUCUACAUAGUGAUGCAAUGUCUUGGUGCAAUCUGUGGUGCUGGUGUGGUUAAGGGUUUCCAGCCUAAGAUCUACCAGGCAAUGGGUGGUGGUGCUAAUGUAGUUAACCAUGGUUACACGAAGGGGAGUGGCCUUGGUGCUGAGAUUAUCGGCACUUUCGUCCUCGUUUACACCGUCUUUUCCGCUACCGAUGCCAAGAGAAACGCUAGAGAUUCACAUGUCCCUCUUUUGGCUCCACUCCCAAUUGGAUUUGCUGUAUUUUUGGUUCACUUGGCAACAAUCCCGAUUACCGGAACGGGCAUCAACCCGGCCCGAAGUCUUGGUGCAGCUAUCAUUUUCAACAACGAUCAUGCAUGGGAUGACCAUUGGGUUUUCUGGGUUGGACCUUUCGUUGGAGCUGCACUUGCUGCACUUUAUCAUGUGGUUGUUAUUAGAGCCAUCCCAUUCAAGAGUGGUCACUGAACAUAAACCAACCUCUCAUUCUGCUUGUUGAUUUUCUUGCUUAUCUACUUUUAAUCUAGAAUCGUGUUUGUAUGUUUGUUUGUUUGUUGUAAUUGACGCUUUUAAGUCUCUUCUAAUUAUGUGUUUUUUUUUUUUUUUUGUAAUUUGGUGUUUCUUGUGUAAAGAUUCAAAUUAUGCUAUUCGAUUCGAGACUCUUCUUUAGAAGUUCGUUUU